AUGCCUUCACAUGCCUUCACAUGCCUGACCAAUGCACAUUCCAUUCCUCCCUUCCACUCGUUUGUGCGAACCCUGACGGAAACCGUCAGGCUAGACGACGACUACAACGUCUUCUACAGUGUCAUCACCUCCACCUCCGACGAAGCCGAGCCGUUCGGCGCGACGAUCUAUCAAGGCGCAGCAGGAGAGGCGGGAACCGCCGUUCAUAAUACUGUCGUGGCAGGAGAAACAGCCACGUGGGCGAAUCUUACCCGUCCACCGCCUCCCCCGCCCAAGGGCAAGAAGAACAAGGGCACACCGCCCCCUCCACCGCCUCCGAAGUACACUUAUGGCACUAACGCAACAUGGCUUAAAGCGAGCACAGUGUCCACGAUCGGCGGGCAUACUUUAAAGGAACUGGUGGAUGCGAUUAUAGCGAAGCCGGAUGCGUACUACGUGACAUUCGGGACAACCGAUUAUGAGUCGGGUGCAGCGCGGGGGCAGUUUCAGUCGGACCCGCUUCCGCCGCCGCCUAAGGACAAGAAGGACAGAAAGGAUGGAGGGAAAAAUGGUGGUGGGAAGAAUGGUGGGAAGAAUGGUGGUGGGAAGGAUGGUGGGAAGAAUGGUGGGGGCAAGAAUGGAGGCGAUAAGUUCGGCACUUUUGCCGGUAAGCCUAUACUACAGGAAGACGUCUCUGGCACUCUUGCCUCGCCCACUCUUGCCUACCCUACCACGACUCUUGCCGCUAGGAAACAUCCACCCACCGUGCCCCCUCCGGUUCUCCCGCCCCUCCGUGCCCCUUAUCGCCCCUCUCUGGCCCUCCUUGCCACUCGCCCCUUAGAAAUGCCACCACUAACGACUAAGACACUGCUUACCACGUCCCAUAGCCAAACACCCGCCCCUCCUUGCCCCUCCCUGCCCCUCUUUGCCACCCACCACCCCCUCCUAAACGACCCCUUGCCCCUCCCUGCCCCGCCUUGCCCCUCCCUACCCCGCCUUGCCCCUCCCUGCCCGUCCUUGCCCCUGCUUACCACCAACGCCACGACCAACGACUACGACAUUUAA